AUGAACCAAUUCGCCCACCACAUGUUCCCAUACGAGUUCAUAAGUCCUCAGAUCGCCGACGAUUCUGGAGUUUUAGUGAACACAACACAACAGUUUCUUGCAUGGCUCGCGUCUGAUCCGGAUCCCAUGGGUGCAGUGCUAGCAGGCAUCGUCCAUGCAGCAUCCCACCCAGAUGCCUCGGAGCCAAAGUUCUCGUCAUUCGUUGCUCCCCUGCAACUCCUUCUCAAGGCUGCGGAAUUCAACAGCCUGCACGAGAAGAAGAUCAAGCAGCUUUACAUCGCCCAGGCUCAACUCCCGGACCUACCUCUAGAACUCCAGGAAGACCUGCCUGUCCCACGCAUUGUCUUGGAAGCCGGUAAAGGCGACGUAUACAAUUCGAGCUUGUGGCUUGGGCUGGAGCCGACAUAUACCCCGCUACAUCGCGAUCCGAACCCUAAUUUGUUCUGUCAACUUGUUGGCAGCAAAACAGUCCGCCUGCUACCGCCGUCAUCUGGCGAUCGGUUGUAUCGUCAGAUACAGGCUCAGCUUCAGCAGUCGGGGAGUAGUCGCAUCAGAUCGACGGAAAUGAUGGAGGGCCGCGAGAGGGUAGCAAUGAACACAGCUGUCUGGGGAUCGGAGAGCCACGCGGAUAUUACAGAGGCUCAAUUGGGCCCUGGAAAUGCUCUCUUCAUCCCCAAAGGUUGGUGGCAUAGUGUCAAGAGUAGACAUCAUGAUGGGAGGUUGAAUGCCUCCGUGAAUUGGUGGUUCAGGUAG